ACAAGAAUCUCCUGGAAAGUCGUUGUGACUUUUUAACUUCAAGCUAACCAGCUAAAACACGUAGCUGCCGAUAACGUUAGCAAAGUUGUUAGUGUUUAAAAAAAAAACUUCGUUCGGUGAAUUUCAUCAUGGAGAAUCAAAAGUUCCGCUCUCUGUACAACUUGUUAUGGUCCGUUUUCGUGGCAUAGCUGGAAAGCUAACGCUGUUUAGUUAACUGUUCAGUUAGCCUAGCAUUGGUCUCCCCUAACAAAAAGCCCAGCCUCUUCUGAGCCUUGUUGGACGGCAGGAGUUUCUAACUUUACUCCCUGGUUUAUUCGACAGCAGCACCCUCAAAAUGUCCAUCCUAGGAUUAAAGAAGAAACAGCCCAAGACUUUCAAAGUCAAAGUUAUCACCAUGGAUGCCGAAAUGGAGUUCAGCUGUGAGGUGAAGUGGAAAGGUAAAGACUUGUUUGACCUGGUUUGUCGCACUGUUGGUUUGAGGGAGACCUGGUUCUUUGGACUCAGGUACACAGUAAAGGACACUUAUGCCUGGUUGAAACCAGAGAAACGGGUUUUGGACCAAGAGGUUCCCAAGGACUCUCCCAUAACAUUUCAUUUCCUGGCAAAGUUCUUCCCAGAAAAAGUAGAAGAGGAACUUGUCCAAGAAAUUACUCAGCACCUCUUCUUCUUACAGGUGAAAAAACAGAUAUUAGAUGAAGAGAUAUUCUGUUCCCCUGAAGCAUCUGUUCUUCUGGCAUCAUAUGCUGUCCAAGCCAAGUACGGGGACUAUGACCCAAACUUUCACAAGCCAGGCUUCCUGGCACAAGAUGAGCUUUUACCAAAAAGAGUUCUGAUGCAAUACCAAAUGACAGCUGACAUGUGGGAGGAGAAGAUCACAGCUUGGUACGCGGAGCACAGAGGCAUCGCCAGGGAUGAAGCUGAGAUGGAAUACCUAAAGAUUGCUCAGGACCUUGAGAUGUACGGUGUCAGCUACUUUGCCAUUACUCAAAAUAAGAGGGACACAGACCUGUUACUUGGAGUGGAUGCUCAGGGUCUUCACAUUUACAGCCCCAACAGCAAACUCAGCCCCAACAAGUCCUUUCCCUGGAGCGACAUCCGUAAUAUCUCUUACAGUGAAAAGGAGUUCACAAUCAAACCCCUGGACAAGAAGAAAGAUGUUUUCAAGUUCUACUCAUCUCAGCUGCGUGUCAACAAGCUGAUCCUGCAGUUGUGCAUCGGUAACCAUGAUCUAUUCAUGAGGAGGAGGAAGGUGGACUCCAUUGAAGUGCAGCAGAUGAAGGCACAAGCUAAAGAGGAGAAGGCCCGCAAGAAGAUGGAGCGUCAGAUCCUGGCACGGGAAAAACAGAUGAGGGAGGAAGCAGAACGAGCGAAAGAAGAGAUGGAACGAAGACUUUUCCAGCUGCAGGACGAAGCACGGCUGGCUAACGAAGCACUGCAUUUUCUGCAGCUGCGAUCUGAGGAGACAGCGGACCUGCUGGCAGAGAAGGCCCAGAUUGCUGAAGAGGAGGCCAAGCUCCUGGCCCACAAGGCUGCAGAAGCUGAGCAGGAAAGACAGAGGUUAGAGGUCACUGCCAUGAAGACCAAGGAGGAGAAAAGGCUGAUGGAGCAGAAGAUGAGGGAGGCAGAGCAGCUGGCUGUCAAACUGGUGGAGCAGUCAGAGAGGAGGUUGAAGGAGGCUGAUCACCUGAAACAGGACCUGACAGAGGCAAAGGAUGCUGAGCGGAGAGCCAAACAGAAGCUGCUGGAGAUCACCAAAACAACAUACCCUCUCAUAGCAGCUUACUCUACUCCGCCUGCUCCUCCCGAAGCAGCCGACUUUGGCUACGAGUCAGCAUCUACGCGCCUCGACUUCAAAGACUCUGACAUGAAGCGGCUCUCUAUGGAGAUCGAGAGAGAGAGGCUAGAGUAUAUGGAGAAGAGUAAACACCUGCACGAUCAGCUGAAGGAGCUGAAGUCAGAGAUCGAGUCCCUGAAGCUGGAGGAGCAGCAGCAACAGGCUGGCCUCUACAGCCUCCGCAGUGAGGCGAGGGGAUACACUCAGGAGCCUGUCUACAUACCUCACAGUAACCGAAACUCUGCGUACAUGUCUCAGAUGGCCUUCUUUGAAGAAGUGUGAUCCUGUUGUGAUGCAGAAUUUUCUCGACAUGUUUGGUUAAUUUUUUUUUUUUUUUUUUUUUCCCUCUUUCACCUGGCUGAAACUAACAAACAGACACAUUCAUACAUGUUGACUGUGUGCUUUGGAAAGACUUUUAAACCUAUCCUCAACAACAAACAGCCAAUAGUUUGGGUGCCUGCAAACCCUGUCAUGCUAGGUUGUACCACCUGAUACACUACAGCACCUUCCAUAUUUUUUUCAUAUGUAAUAAACACAUUAAUUUGUGCCAUAUAUUGAACACUGAUUCAGGAAAUGGUGCUCAAGAUGGAUGUAUGAAUGAGUUUUUAUUUGCUGAUGUGUUUUGUGGUUUUAAGGGAUACUUAGCUGUAAGAUGAUCAGAUGUAGAAUCAAGCCUUAAUGACAAAGUAUACAUUAAUGCCUUAACAGCAUUUUCGGUCAAGAAUUAAAGUAAUGUUUUGUUUUUUGUUUUUUGGGGUUUUUUUUUUUCAGAAACCAGCUUCAGGCAAAGUUCCUGCAUCAGAUGUAAUUAAGUAAAUGAUGCUUUUUAUUUUCUGGCUGGGUAAAAUUUCAAAAGGUAUAAAUAUCCUUAAGAUUUUGUAAAUAUGAAACCUUUUGGUCAUUUUCUUUCAAACCAGCAUAAGUGUUUCUCGAACCAAAAUGCCAAAAUUUCUGAUUAUACCUUUACCAAGUUGUUGUUGAAUGUAGCUGUGAAUGCGAAAUAUACACAAAACAUAGCUCUUAAUCAGUGAUAUGUAAUGUGAAAAUUAACAUUCUGAUUUUGUUCAUAAGAGUAAUUUAUAAAAGUAGUAAUUGUAACUCAAAGUAAAGUCCAGAUUUUACAAGCAGAUGUGUGCAGGAACAGUGUCUGGAGGUGACACUCCAUAUAAAAUGUGUUUGAGCUUUGUUUUGAUAUUUGAAUUGUGUUGAAUUUUCUUGCUGGUUCUGUUACAAAGCUCAUGAACUGCCUUUACUGAUAAGAGCACACAGGUGCCUUUAUAUUUUCUAGUGCCUCAUCAUGGUAGUUAACCUACAUGUAAUAUAAGAUUACAAGCUUGAGCUCUGCCAUAUCAAGUUUUUGUAUUUUGUUCUCUAGAGUGUUGAUGUGCCUUGAACUUCAUUUUUUACAGUUAUUAUUUGAGUUACUAAGGUUUUAGUUGAUAUCAUUGUGCUCUUGUGUCUUAGCAUUAUGGUUUCUUUAAGUUUGGGGUUGAUUUCGUACCCUAACCUAUUUACUGAAUAGCAGACUGAUGGCUAUCUUAUUUUCUUUCUUAUUUUUUUUUCUUUUCUUUUCUCAGGGUUAGUGUUGGAGACAAUCACUGCAGGUAGAGUCUCAUAGUUUUUCCCCUGAGAGAUAUACAGUAUGGCAUCCAUUAAUGUUUACUUUUUCUUGAACAAGCUAUUUUCUUGUAACUUGGAUAGGUCUAACAGUAAUUCACAUGAUAAAUAUAUAGGUGGGUUAUGUGAGUGAACAUUGUCAAAAAGGGAGUGGCUGGAUGCCAAAUGUACAGCCAGAGAUUCUGCACGUUUGUUUAUUUGGACCGCCCUAUUAGAAUGAUGUUGUUAUGGGCUAAAUAGCAACAAUUGAUCGGUUCAUUAUUGCCUUCACGAUUGGGUUUUCAAUGAGUGAGGCUUACUUUGGAAAAUAUUCCUUUUUUUUCCCACCAACACACUGCUUAAGUGCUUUAGUUUGCAUCUUUAAUCUUAUUUAUUUGUGCUAUAAAUCUUUAAAUAACAUCACUGUACACAUUUUCUUGAGGUCUAUCAUUGUGUGGAACUUUACUGUAAUUUAAUGUUUGUUUUAUUUUUCUAUAAUGGGAUUUUCCUUCCAAAUGCAAGUCCAGUGUUAAGGAACGACUUCACAUCCGAAAAGAUGUUGUACGUUAGAGAAUUAGGUUUUCUUAGACGUUACAAAAAUGUUGUAAAUUCAUAUGCACAAGAAAGUUUUGUCAGUGAUUUGUAACCUCAAGUUAUAUUGUGUAUAUCAUUUCAUUACAACAGUGACCAUACGGUAAUGUUUCUUUUUUUUCCUGAAUAACUAAACGACUUGUUUGAAAAUGUGUUGGUUUAGGUCACCACUGUGUAUAUAUAACAUUAGCGCUGUCUCUUCCUAUGUGUAAUA